AUGAUGUCCGGAGAAAAACGUCCUGCCCAGGAGGCCUUUGGGUCUUCGAGCCAGCUUGUGGUUAAACGAAAGAAGUCCGAUGCCGACCUCAACCCCGGUACGGCAGUGGUAAAAAGCUCGUCGCAAAAUGGCGCACUUGUUCAAUCGAUUCCUCGCACUAGUGGACUCGAUGCGCCGAUUAUGGAGCUCACAGGUCACUCUGGCGAAGUCUUCACAGUUCGAUUUGACCCCACAGCCCAGCACAUUGCAUCCGGGUCAAUGGACCGAUCCAUCUUACUUUGGAACACAUACGGACAAUGCGAAAACUAUGGCCAAUUGACCGGUCACAAAGGAGCCGUCCUCGACCUCCAAUGGGCGCGCGAUUCACGAGCACUUUUCUCCGCAUCAGCCGACUUGACAUUGGGGAGCUGGGACGUGGAAACCGGAACACGGGUGCGUCGCCACAUGGGCCAUGAAGAAAUCAUCAAUUGCCUCGAUAUCAGCAAGCGCGGGCAAGAACUGCUCGUCAGUGGCAGCGACGACGGCUGCAUAGGCAUCUGGGACCCGCGGCAAAAGGAUGCGCUGGAAUAUCUCGAAACUGAACUGCCCAUCACGGCAGUCGCGCUGUCCGAGGCAGGAAACGAGAUUUACAGCGGCGGCAUCGAUAACACGAUCCAUGUCUGGGACCUACGCAAGAAGGCCGUAAUUUACUCCAUGGCUGGCCACACCGAUACCAUUACCUCGCUCGAGAUCUCGCCGGACUCUCAGACUCUCCUGUCGAAUUCCCAUGACUCGACUGUUCGGACGUGGGAUAUCCGGCCGUUCGCCCCGACUAACCGGCAGGUCAGGACUUUCGAUGGCGCCCCCGUCGGGCUCGAGAAAAACCUCAUCCGCGCCAGCUGGGAUCCUAAGGGAGAGAAGAUCGCCGCUGGCAGUGGUGACCGGAGCGUGGUUGUCUGGGAUGCGAACACCGGCAAGCUGCUGUACAAGCUUCCUGGUCAUAAGGGCACAGUCAAUGAUGUCCGCUUCUCUCCUAACGAUGAGCCAAUCAUUGUUUCUUGCUCAUCGGAUCGGAACCUGAUGCUUGGAGAACUGGGCAAGUGA